AUGGUUUCACUGAUCGUCGAUGCGCAGGAAGCCCCUCCUUUACCUGUGAACGAGAAGGUUGACAGAACCACCCGAAAUCGGAUUGAAGACACUUCCAGCAAGGCCCCACAGUUCAAGGGCACCUUGUGGAAAUUGAACAACGAUGGCAACGCACAGGAGAGAAAGCUGCGAGAAUGUUUGGGCGCAUGA